GACGUCAGUCAAUGUUAUUUGAAGGCUCAUAGCUCUCAUUGUUUAUGUUGUAAAAAUCUGUAAAAGAAAUCUAUUUAACUGUUUUUGUUUACAUAAAAAUUAAUUAUAACUACCUCGCAACAUAGUUCAUCGACCCAGGACAAUGACUAUCUACAAUUUGUAUAUUUUUGACCGAUAUGGCACGCUGUUAUAUUACGGAGAAUGGAAUAGGACAAAACAAUCGGGAAUGUCUAGAGAGGAGGAGGGCAAAUUGAUGUAUGGGAUGCUGUUCUCAAUAAAAUCAUUUGUUGCCAAAAUAUCUCCACUGGAUCCAAAAGAAGGAUUCAUGAAUUAUAAAACCUCAAAGUAUACGCUGCACUGUCUUGAAACUCCAUCUGGCUUAAAAUUUGUUAUGAACACAGAUAAUCAAGCACAAGGAGUCAGAGAGCUACUGAAAAAGAUAUACGGUGAAAUUUACGUCAAGUAUGCUGUAAGGAAUCCUCUUUGCGGCAUUGGGGAACCUAUCACAAGUGAACUAUUUAAAAAUAAACUAGAUGCUUUUGUGAAACAAACUCCCAUACAUGUUAGAGCAUCAUAAUAAACUUUUCUAUUUAUUAUUAUUUUAAUUCAAAUAUAAUAUUGUAAAUGAUUAUAGCUGGUGUUGUAGGAAUUAUUAAAUAUCUUAAUCAAAUGUACUGAUUACUAGAAAACUUUAUCAAAUACUUAUACUGGAAACACCCAGAUUUCAUAAAAUGUUCAUAUUAUUAACAUCAAAAUAAACAAUGUGCAAGUUAUUAUUCAGUAAUGGUCAAUUCAAAUGCCAAAAAUUAAUAAAUGCUUAAAAACUUAAAUAAAAUACUGCAAUAAAAUAAAUUAUAAUUUAGUUUUUAAGUUAUAGCUGUUAUGUGUUAAAAAAUACAACAGAUAAAAUAAAAGGAUUAAAGAAUUA